GUUUUACUUCACAAGUUGCUAGGGUUUAAGAAAUGUUGAGCAGCAAAUUGGGCAUGCUCUCAAGGAGGGUUCAUCGCUCUUUGGUUUCUAUUCGGAACCCACAUCACCAGCUUCAACUACACUUCUCCACCAACACCAUUUCUGACUCGGACACCGACUCAACCUCCACUCAGCAAGGGGAAAGGGUUAUCUUUGAUCGGCCCCUGGAGAAUGGCCUGGACGCCGGCAUUUAUAGGGCUAUAUUGAUGGGGAAGGCAGGGCAAAAGCCGUUACAGAAGAAGCUUAAGAGUGGGACAGUGGUGACUCUUUUGUCCAUUGGAACGGGAGGGAUUCGCAACAAUCGUAGACCACUUGAUAAUGAGAGUCCCAGGGACUAUGCUGAUCGCUGUGCCAUUCAGUGGCAUCGUGUUACCGUUUAUCCAGAGAGAUUAGGAACGCUUCUCAUGAAAAACGUUCUUCCUGGUUCUAUCUUAUAUGUGGAGGGAAACCUGGAGGCCAAGGUUUUCGCUGAUCCAAUGACUGGUCUUGUCCGUCGAAUUAGGGAAGUUGCUGUUCGUCGAAAUGGUCGCGUUAUAUUUUUAAGUCAAGGUGGUGAUGCUGAGCAACAGAUACAACAAAAUGACCAGAGAGCUGUUGGCUAUUACUAAAGUAGAUGCUUGAAAUGGGAACUACGCGGGAUUCAGUUGGCAAUUGAGAAUUUUCGAUUUUGUAAUUAUAUUCUGAUUUUUUUUUACCGCAAAGUUGGAAUUGGAAUUGUUACAUGACAUUUGUCAUGAUGGAAACUCUUGGUUAAGUUUUGACAUUGCUCUAAGCAUUUUGAUAUUGAUGAAAUUUCACUAUAAUAAACUAAGUUUUUGUUGUUAUUUUGCACACUAUUU